CAAAUAAAAAUCUAGGGGGGUGGGGAGGAGCAGGAAGUGGCGGUGCGAAGGCUGAUGCACUGCUAGCAGAGCCGCGGUCCGGACAGCAGCGCGUGCCCCAAGCUCUCCGCCUUCCCCCGCCCGCCAGCCCGAAGCAGCCCGAGCCCAGCCCGUGGCCCCAGCAGCAGCCCCGAGAGCACCCCAGUAGCAGCGCCAUGGCCGGCUGGAACGCCUACAUCGAAAACCUCAUGGCGGACGGGGUGUGUCAGGACGCGGCCAUCGUGGGCUAUAAGGACUCGCCCUCCGUCUGGGCCGCCGUCCCCGGGAAGACCUUCGUCAACAUCACGCCAGCUGAGGUUGGUACCCUGGUUGGCAAAGACCGGUCAAGUUUUUUCGUGAAUGGGCUAACGCUUGGGGGCCAGAAAUGUUCUGUGAUCCGGGACUCACUGAUGCAGGAAGGGGAAUUUACCAUGGAUCUUCGUACCAAGAGCACCAGCGGAGCCCCCACCUUCAAUAUCACUGUCACCCUGACUACCAAGACGCUAGUCCUGCUGAUGGGCAAAGAAGGUAUCCACGGUGGUACGAUCAACAAGAAAUGUCAUGAAAUGGCCUCCCACCUGCGGCGUUCCCAGUACUGACCUCGUCUGUCACUCCCCACUGCUUUUGCACCCCUCUCCUUCCCACACACACAUACACCAUUUUUAUUUUUUGGGCCAUUACCCCACACCCCUUAUUGCUGCCAAAACCACAUGGGCUGGGGGCCUGGGCUGGAUGGACAGACACCCUUCCCCCAACUCAUACCCCUCCUGUGUGUGGUUGGAAAACUUUUUUUUUUUUGGUUUUUUUUUCCUGAAUAAAAAAGAUUAUACUGAAA